CCUGUGAUCAAGUUCUCGAGUUUGGCCGAGUACAGGCACACGGGUAAAAUUGGCAAAAUGACGGAAAAAAAUCCAGAGGUUUUGGCUUGCAAUGCAUCUAUUAUGAAGAAUGUCUGGGAAAUCAGGCUCAGGGAAUAUGGGCAAAAAAUGAAUUCAGAGAAAGACAGAUUGGAGAGGAGUGCACUGGAAAGAAUUAAUGAAGACUGGGCAAAGCGCAUGUCUGGGAAGGUAAAACCAAGAAGAGUUGAAAGAAAAGACAAACCUCUAGAGGAGUUGCCUAGCCAGACUUACAAGGCCAAGCAGGUGGCUUUGGGGAGGCCUAAUGGAUUCGUUAGCAAUCGACCACUGAAGCCAGUUGAUGUAAAAAAAAACAUGACAAAAAGAAAUAAUUUGACUUUGUUACUUAAAUUAAAUGAAAAGCAGCCAAGCUUAAUGGUCUGGACAAAGUCUUGGAAGUUCUCACAGCCCAUGCCACAACCAGAGGAGAUGCCUCCUGCAUCAGGUUGGGGUCAGUCAUGGAAAAGUCUAAAUAUCCAACCAAAUCUUGAGGGCAAAUCUUGGAUUGAACAUGAACAUAACACCAAUAAUAAUGUUACCUACAAUGGUGUUCUGUUUCCAUGGGAGAAGUUUGGCAAAUCACUGUACUCUGAGAAUUUUGAGGAAGUUACGCCUAUAAUAGACUGGGAGAAAUCUUGGAAGUACACCAAGCAGAGGAAGGAAGCUCAUGAAGGUGGAAAAAAUGGUCCAAAGAAUUCAAGACAAGAGAAACUUAAGACACUCUAUCAAUCCCACUCCUACAAUGAAGAAAAGUCUUCAUCCGAGUGGAACGAUUCCUGGAAGUCUGGAAAGCCACCUAAAGAGGAACAUAUUAAAUUUAUCUCUGAAUUGGUGAGCAAAGAAGGAAAUGAUAUGGAAACUGAAGAACAAUCUACAAUGCCAUGGGGUCAUUCUUGGAAGGUUUUUAAGAAACCGCUUCACAUAAAGUCAAAAUCAACAAGAACUUGCACUCCACCUGACUGGAUGGACUCUUGGAGAGUUUCUAAACCUGUGACACAAAUCUCGCAGCAAGAGAAGAUAUCAAAUGUACAUGAGCCUCAAAUAAACAUGCCUGAUGAGCCACUGGAUCCUACAUCCUACCAAACAAUAAUGGAUGCUUCAAAGGAGGAAAAGUACAACCUGUUGUGGAGUUCCCAGUUAAAGGGAAAAGAUGUUGCUCUACCUGUUACUGAGUGGCAAAAAUCAUGGAUCUCCCUUAAGAAUCUCUCAGAAUAUAAGGAGCAACAGCUUAUGAAGAAAAAUGAAAAUUCAAGGCCAGCAAAGAUAAAGCAAGGAGUCCUGUUUGAGGUAUUCUCAUAUCCAAGGAAACAUAAACCUACCAAGAUACUUGAGCUCUCAGAGCACAAGGACCAAGAAACCUUCAUUUCAAAGUGGAAAGAUUCCUGGAAGUCAUUGAAAAACCAACGCAGACAAGAUAGGAUCUGGAGCAACCUACAAAGACCACGACCUCAGACACAACCUGUCACACCACAACCAUCUUUAAUAGAGUGGGCCAAUUCCUGGAGGUUCACAAAUCUAAAUGCCAACCAGGACAACAAUUUCUGGCAGCAAAGUUGGUCUACCUAUACCCGAAAUCGGCCUGACAGGUGGGUUAGGGAGAAUGAGGCACUGAAUGCAGGAGUACCCCAUAAUGGGCCAACAGGCACCCGUGGGUGGGAUGAGUCUUGGAGAUCCACUAGACACCAGCACCAUGUGGAAAGGGAAGCAACAGACACCACACAUCUGGCCACCCAGCCAGAAGAUACCCAGAUACAUAGGAGAGUGAGAUCUUUGGCAGACUGGGAAGAUUCUUGGCAAUUCUCCACCAACCAGUUCCACCAUGACAGACCCUCCACGACAGAAUGGGUAGAUUCUUGGAGAUUCUGUAGUUUCCACCGUGAAAAUUGGUCAGAAUGUCAACCUGAGUCAAACCAGUAUGAGAGGGCGUUGGAAAUCAAAGCCAGAAAGAAGCUUCCUUGUCCUUCAUAUCGAUUCAGCAGAUCAUUCGAGUCCCAAACAUUCAAGGAAAGGUUUCCACCACAGGAAUGGAAAAAUUCAUGGAAAGUAAAAAGGUUUGAUGGAAAGGAACAGCCCAGAUCUGGACUUUCCCAUCUCAAAAAAAAGGAAUUUCCACAACCCUGGGAUGAUUCCUGGAUGUUUAGUGCCACACAGUUUUACAAGAGUGAACAUACAGAAUCAUCAUCCAUCCAAGGUCAUUCAGUGUCUAGGUCAGCACAGUACAAGAGCAUAUCUGAAUGGGGUAGAUUAUGGAAGAUAGCGAACCCCCAGCCUCCGAAGAACAUUGCCUUAUGGUCUGAAGCAAAACCAAACCCAUGCUAUCCACAACAAAUGGUUUUCUGGUCACGAUACAAAUGCAACAAUUACUUGCUCUCUCCUCCUGCCAAAGAUUAUGCCUCACUGAAACAGUGGGGCAGGGCUUGGAGGUUCAUGAAACUGGAGAGCAAGCUUGACACGAAGUCUAUUAUAAGCCAAUCAAACCAUGAAGAUUACUCUGUGAUAAUGAGAAGGAUAGUGAAGGCAAAAAAGCAUAUGUAUUCUCACAAGGAAGCACCACAAUUUAAGAGAUGGACUGAUGCUUGUAAACUUGCAAAGACUCAGCCACGUCCAAAACGUGAUAUGAGGCACAAACCUAGCCAAGGAAUAAAUGAAGGUGAUAAAGUAAUGUUCACCGAAUGGGCUGAAUCCUGGAGAUUUGUUACUGAUUCAGUGAGCACUGAGCCAGCGAAAACAUCAGUAUGCCUUACUGACUGGGGGGAUUCCUGGAAGUUCCUGCUCAAUGAUUAUGCACAGCAGAAUGGCCCAAAGAAGACUAAGGGAUGUUCUUAACUGCAUAGUAUUAAGGAUAGACUUGUUUCAGGUUACAGUAGAUAUAGGUUUCAAGAAGGGAACUGUAUGUGUAUCAUGUAUAAGUGGGCUGUAGACUUAUGGAAUGUUUGGUAAAGGAGAAGGUUAUGAAAGCAAUGUAUGUACUUAGGUAUAUAUGUAUUGGAAUAAAAUGUAACUGUGCAGAAACUACAAUAAACAAGAGCGAGACCUGCUUCUGAA